AUGAAGUUCACACUCUUCCUCACAGCCACGCUCUUCACUGGUGCCUUGGCUACUCCCCUGGCCAAGACAGUCACCGUUCGAGAUGAGACACUUGCAGCUCGCCGUCUGCCGGCCAUUGCUACACCCCGCAUUGGCGUCACUGUAGUCUCAAAAAAGAAGAAGUCUGCAUCUCGCGAUAAGCGCUCAAUUGGCCGUAAGGAUGUGAGCGUGGUCAGCUUACUAGAUCGUGUUGCUGAGAAGAUCAAGGAGAGAUGUGGUGACAUCGAGGAAACCAAGGUUGAGAGACUGUCAAAAGACAAGGCUGUGUAUAAAGUCGUUGGCAAGAUGAACAGCAUCAGAGCGACACUCUCCCGAACAGUCUCUAUCAUAGACAGGACUUCAACUCUUGAUCUCUCUCAAGAUGAUGGCCAAGCUCUACUCAACCAUGUCUACUUCAUCACAAAGGAGCUGCACAGCACAGUUAAAGACUCCGUCGCUACACUAGGAGGAACAGGAGCUCGCUCCAUGUCUCGAGCAACUCACAUGCUCGCCGAUGUCCUUAGCAACAUCGUCACCCUCAACCCAGACACCGCCUCAGACAUGUAUCGCAAGCUAUCACCUAUCUUCUUCAACAUGGUUUCCAGCGAUGAGAAGGACUUGCAUGUCUUUAUCAUGAGCUCAGUGACAGAGUUCUUGUCAUCCAUCAAGCCUGAUGAUCUUAACUCAGACACUGCAUGCGGUUCUGAAGAUUGUUCCAACAGUCCAAACGAAGACUUGAAAUAA